UGUAGGUAAAUUCGUAUGAGAACAACAUGAUGGGUAUCACGACAUAAUUUUGGCGGCUUAUUAUUUAAAAUUCUUCAAAAAUCAUCAGUCGAACCCGCCAUGAUAACGACAUAACUUCCAAAACCCUUUGACAAUGCCAACAAAACUCCCGCCUUCGACCCUGUUGGUCCCCAGGAGGUUCUUCUCAUCAACCACGCCAAAACAUAGCCAUGAGAACCCUCUUGGCCUCCCCCAAAAAGGCACCAUCCCCCGCUUCCAACGCGGCCUCCCAGCCAAACGCCCCAUCCCCUCCGUCGCCCACAUCAUCGCCGUCUCCUCCGCCAAAGGCGGCGUAGGCAAAUCCACCAUCGCAGCCAACCUCUCCCUCGCCUUCACCCGCCUAGGCCACCGCACCGGCCUCCUCGACACCGACCUCUUCGGCCCCUCCGUACCAACCCUCUUCUCCCUCAACUCCCCCCCGAACCUCACCCCCAAAAACCAGCUCAUCCCCCUGACCAACUACGGCGUCAAGACAAUGUCAAUAGGGUACCUCAUUGGCUCCGAAUCCGCCCCCAUCGUCUGGCGAGGACCCAUGCUUCUAAAGGCUAUACAACAACUCCUACACGACGUGGACUGGUCGCCUGGGUUGGAUGUUUUAGUUCUUGACCUGCCGCCUGGGACGGGUGAUGUUCAAUUGUCGAUCACGCAGCAGAUACCACUAUCGGGGGCGGUUAUCGUCACGACGCCGCACACGCUGGCUGUCAAGGACGCUGUGAAGGGGGUGGAGAUGUUUGAAAAGGUGGAUGUACCUGUUUUGGGGUUGGUGCAGAAUAUGAGUUUGUUUACUUGUCCCUGUUGCAGCACAAAGACACCUGUGUUUGGGGGGACGGAGGGGGUGAAGAAGAUGUGUGAGGAUUAUGGUAUGGAGUUUUUGGGGGAUGUACCGCUCCAUCCUAAUAUCGGGGAGGAUGCGAGCAGAGGGAAGCCGACGGUGGUGGCGGAGCCGGAGUCGGAGAGGGCGGGGGUGUUUAUGGAUGUUGCGAGAAGGUUGGGGGAGAAGAUUGGGUUGGGUGGGGGACGAGGUGAUGGGAGGAAAAGCGUGAGGGCGGGGGUAUAGGAUAUGUGACUGGAUGAGGGGUGUAUAAUAUUGUAUAAGUGACCGAUAAAGGAGACAGACGCUGUGAGAUUGGUUGGUGUAUGUGAGAGGGUCAUGUCCAGACCGAAAACCUCAUCUAUUCUACCAGACAACUAAGAAACAGGCUCCUCAAACCUCAAAGAUACGUACAGAGACACCUUUUGAGACUUGCGAGCAACUCUGUAAAAGGUAAUCUAGGUACCACA